GUAAUCUAUACACCUCUUAAUCCUCUCUUCCUCAUCCACUGGUCCCUUCUUCUUCUUCUUCUUCUUCUUCUGUUCUUUCUCCUUUUUUUUUUUUUUAAUAACCCAAUUUCAUCUCUUUCCUUUAUGCUCUUUCCAUUUCGUUUUCAUCCUCUAUUUUCUGGGUAAUUUCAACUGAAGAGACUCAGAUUAAAGAUAAAAUGGAGGAGAGGGCAACCCCAUCCAUAAAUUAAAGAUACCGGAAAUUCCAACGCUUUCUCAUUUUUCUCCAAGAAGAUUACUUUGGAGUUUGGAGACCCAUCUUUUGCUGAAUUGAUGGUUUACUAGCUCAAGACGGAUGCUACAUUUUGAAGCUAGGAGCUAGAUAAGAGGCUGACCCCUUGAAAUUCAAAAUGGUUUCUCCAAGAACUCUAUAAUUUAUUCAUUAGUUUCUGUCCUGGAGGGUUGUUGUGUUCUGGUCAGAGGUAUAGAUAAAAUUCAAUGCAAGGGCCACGAAGCACUGGUGAUUCAUCUACUGGGACAAACUACGCAGAUGGAGAACCCGUUUGCAGCACCAGUUUAGAGACUAGUUCGAACAGCAUGCUGAACCCAGUGGAUGUUCAGUUCCCAAACAAUAGUACAGGUUCUGGACGACCAAUUCACGCAAGCUCGAGCUCGCAUGCUGUUCGAACUCAUAACUGGUGGACUCUUGGUGAAUCCAGCUCUAGAUUGAGGCCUUCUGAUGAGGUCAAUUCCAUUGGUUCAAAGACAAAUCGCCAGAAUCCAUCAGACGGCUAUGGAAUUGAGGAAGGACAAUCAGGUUCAAAUGCUAUGAUGAUACUUGGGGGGGUUCAGAUUGGCAGUCGCACCAGAAACGGGCCUUCCUUCUUGCGUGGAUCAAGCUCUAAUCCGAUGUCAGGGCAUGUAAAUCUUGGCAAGGACAUGGACAUCAAUGUUAGUGGUCUGAAGACACCGGGAGUAGCCAUCCGCCAUACCAACUGUGAGAGGUCACUGGGAAGCUCAAGUCAAACCGCAGAAGAGAGAAGUGGUGGUUCAGGUUCUUCGUUGGGUGGCCUAGGUUCAUCCUGCAAAAGAAAGGCUCUUGAAGGAGCUCCUAGCCAUUCUUUUCCUGGUGAAAGUCCUGGUUGCUUUUUUCAAACUGAGAAUGGUGCUUGGAAUGAGGGUCUUGCUCAAUAUGAUGCUUCAAGUAGCUUAAGUUUAUCUAUGCCGAACCAUAAUUCUCCAAAUGUUAUUAAUCAGUCUGAUCAGCCGGAACCAAGGUUUGGAACUGGUGGUGGUAGAGCAGUUGCAGCAAGUGCUUUUCCUUCUUCUACUAGAAGCACUGAAACCUUAUCUAGACCCGGCAGGCGGUUAAAUCUCGGGCAGCCACAGGAGUCAGUACCCUUCAGCUUUUCACAGUCCGGUAGUUCUGUGCGUCAGCAACAUCAUUUACCAGCAACUUCUCCUUUUGUUGACCCUUUAGAUGCAAGAGCGAUGCCAACUACAGGUAGCUCAAGCAGUGGUGAGAGUCAACCAAGUAUGAUCCACCUUCCUGCAUUGACUAGAAAUAUACACCAAUUUGCUUGGAAUGCUUCUUCGAGUUCGAGAACAGACAAUACUCCUGGAGAGGGAUUUGGACCACCGCGGGACGCGUCAAGAGUCAACUCAGAGCAGCCAGUCUUUACUACACCUGCAACGGAAACGAGAAAUCCAGUGCAGGAUCAGUUUCAGUGGAGUUUCCCUCGUGGAAACCCUAGUGCAUCUGGAGAUUCUCCCUUUGUUCCUCGAACAGGAUCAAGUUCAGAGAUCAAUGCUUUGCAGCCGAGUCCCACAUGGGUUACUCCCCAUAAUCAAUCAAGGAUAUCAGAAGUUGCUCCUUGGUCUUUAUUUCCUAGCACUGAGUCUGAAUCUGCUAACCAUGGUGCUUCUCUUCCAUUACUACCCACAGGCCCUUCUGUUUCUUCAAACGAGGCUGCAGCGCCAUCUGGAUCUAGCAGUCGGAGUCAUCGCUCUCGACAAAGAAGAUCAGCGUUGUUACUGGAAAGGCAAAAUGAUCUUCUCCAUUUGCGUCACUUAGGAAGAAGCUUAGCUGUUGAUAACGAUGGAAGGAACCGGCUGAUUUCUGAGAUUCGGCAGGUGUUGAGUGCCAUGCGAAGAGGAGAGAAUUUACGGUUUGAGGAUUAUAUGGUCUUCGAUCCACUGAUAUACCAUGGUAUGGCUGAGAUGCAUGAUAGGCAUCGGGAUAUGCGCCUUGAUGUUGACAACAUGUCGUAUGAGGAGCUAUUGGCACUUGGGGAACGCAUAGGAGAUGUGAGCACCGGGCUGAGCGAAGAAGUGAUCCUGAAAGCAAUGAAACAGCACAAACAUACAUCUUCCGCUGCUGAAUCCCACCAGGACAUGGAGCCUUGCUGUGUCUGUCAGGAAGAGUAUGCAGAAGGCGAUGAUCUUGGAACCCUGGGAUGUGGCCAUGAAUUCCACACGGCCUGCGUCAAGCAAUGGCUCAUGCUCAAGAAUCUCUGCCCAAUAUGUAAGACAGUAGCUUUAUCUACAUGAAAGAACGGGUCCUUCAUCACUUAGCAAACCCAUUGUUACCCUUGAUAUGAAAGAGAAAGGAGAAGAGAGAUAGCGAAGCUCGGUUCUGUCUUACCCGCAUUGAUAUCUUGAGAAGAGUUGAAACACAAGUGUAAGGGCUCUAGCCCCAUGGCGGGAGGGGAGACCGCACUAGGUCCAACUGUUAUGUUCUGGCUAGAGAGAGGGGACCGAUGCUAAGUGAUGCAAUCUUAAUUAACCUGAUGUCUGUUUUGAGUAUUUUUUCCUUUAUGUAGAGGAAUACCUCCUUAUGAAACACUUAUCAAAGAACAAUGUUUUGAUUCUCUUACUUAAAUCUCUAUUUUCUUUCUU